UAAGCUAAUAGUGGUCCUGCGGAGUGAUUAUAUAGAGGAUCUGGAAUCAUUUACAGACCAUUAGAGAUUACUUAAAACCUUUACUAAAAUGGAUGAAAUAUUUAUUAGCUUUUUUCUUAACUUCAUGCAUGAAUGGAAUGAUACUCAUAUGUGUUUUCCCCCCCUAACAGAGAAAAGGAGAGAUCUACCAAAUGGUCCAAGUCUGCCAAUGGCAACUGUUGACAUCAAAAAUCCAGAAAUCACUACUAAUAGAUUUUAUGGUUCACAAGUCAACAAUAUCUCCUAUACCAAAGAGAAGAAAAAAGGAAAAGCAAAAAAGAAAAAAUUGACAAAGGCAGAUAUUGGAACUCCAAGCAACUUCCAACACAUUGGCCAUGUUGGCUGGGACCCAAACACAGGUUUUGAUGUUAACAAUUUGGAUCCAGAACUGAAAAACCUAUUUGAUAUGUGUGGAAUUUCAGAGGCUCAGCUGAAAGACAAAGAAACUUCCAAGGCUAUAUAUGAUUUUAUUGAAAAAACAGGAGGAGUAGAAGCAAUUAAAAAUGAAUUGCGUAGACAAGGCCCACCACGCUGCAGUGCUCCACCUCCACCUCCACCAUCUAGAGGCGGUCCACCUCCUCCUCCACCACCACCACAUAGCUCAGGCCCCCCUCCUCCUCCUGCUAGGGGAAGAGGAGCCCCUCCCCCACCUCCUUCGAGAGCUCCAAUAACAGCACCUCCUCCCCCACCUCCUUCUAGACCUGGUACUAUAGUGCCACCACCUCCACCAAACAGGAUAUAUCCUCCUCCACCACCACUUCAUUCUUCUGCCCCCUCUGCCCCCCCUCCUCCCCCUCCUCCCCCAUUAGGUAGUGGACCUCCACCACCACCACCCCCACCACCACCUCCUGGUCCUCCUCCUCCACCUGGUCUUCCAUUAGAGGUUGACCAUCAGGUUCCAGCUCCUUCAGCAAAUAAAGCAGCUCUUUUAGAUCAAAUAAGAGAAGGUGCCCAAUUAAAAAAAGUAGAACAAAACAGUAGUCGUCCAGUCUCCUGUACCGGAAGAGAUGCACUACUUGAUCAAAUACGACAAGGUAUACAGCUGAAGUCGGUAUCUGAUGGCCAAGAGUCUGUACCAACUACACCUGCACCUACAUCAGGUAUUGUGGGUGCACUAAUGGAAGUUAUGCAGAAAAGGAGCAAAGCCAUUCAUUCUUCAGAUGAAGAUGAGGAUGAAGAUGAUGAAGAAGACUUUGAAGAUGAUGAUGAGUGGGAUGACUGAUCAAUAUAUUAUAUCUUAUAUAUAUUUUUACGGUGAAAUACUAAACUUUCUGUCUAUGGAUUCUGUAAAAUUAUCAUGUAAAUGUUUUACCAAUUUACUGUAUAUUUUUGUUGCCUUUUGCUUUUUUAUUAAUCUGUGCAAUACCUCAUUUAAUCUGUAAAGGUUUGUCAUCCUAUACAAGGCUACUCCCUUCUUAAUAUGUAAAAGUUUACAUCGGAUGCCUAGUGUACAUGUGAAUACUUUCCAUUCCAUCAAUAAGGGAGUUUUAACGUAAUCUGUGAGAUUGACAAACACACCUUAAAUGUAUUUAGUUAUAAUUGCAAGAAGGAAAACACUAUUUUCAUACCCUACUUUUUCUGUAUCUAGAUUUUCUUAUUAAAACCUAAUAUAGCACUACAUACUUUAAGCAAUGCAGCUCCUAGUUUUAGCCUCUUCAUCUGGGAAACUCUGCUUCAUGGAUGAGGCUGAUAAAAUGAAGAGCAUUUCAAUUCAUAACACUACCAUUCAGAUUUAGUCUUCAAGCUGUAAAGCAAUCACUAGAAAAAUUAAGUGAUCAUGAAAAUUUUCCCUGAUCCAGAGCAUUGUUGCCUAUAUCAGAGCUUUGAUACCUGAAUGCUGAAUUUAAGAAUAGACUUUUUGGUCAAUAAAUCUGAUAGAAACCACCUUUGUGACUUUUCCCAACUGUCGUUCAUGACAAAGAGGAGUUUUGGCAACUGCUGCAGUCGUUAUUUAUUUUUAUAUAAGGUUUUUUACUGAAGGGCUGUAGUUGAUGUUUGCUUUGAAUAAUAAUGGUUGUAAAUUAUUUUUUUUUAAUGUAGGGCAUUGGUAUGCUAAUAAAUGAACUUAAGUAGUGUAACUCUGCAGUUUUCAUGGAUUAUGGGACAUGUCAACACAGUUAGACACUGGAUCCUAUAACUAAAAUAAAUAAAGAUGGAGCCUUAAACCUAUACUUGAUUGCUUGUGACAACACUAGAUGAUAAAUACUGUUGCUAGAAGGCCAAUGAGCAUCUGGCUGUGUUUCUAUUUUUCUGAACUUGGCCUCUAUUUGUGUUAUCCAGAUCAGUGGGUGGGCAAUCUUCCAUCAAAUACAGUAUUUCUCAUGGGCUCCUAUGGCUAUUCAAGCAUGUGGGUCACUGUUGCCUUGUUUCCUUUUGACACUAAAUUUCUAGACUUCAAAGCAAGAGUAAACAGAGCUAAUUGAACUAUUUAUCUUUUGCUUUGAGGGGGAGAGAUUCACUACUAUAAGGUUUAUAAGCCACUGUUUUUUAUAUAUACCAAAUUUGCACAUUGCAGUAUUUCACUAGAAAUAAGGGAUAUGGUCUUAAAAGUUGGGUGGUCCUGCGUUUGGAAUUGCAUUCCAAUACAUGAUGGGAAAAUUUGAGUUUUUAUUUUAAUUUUUCAUCUUUACUAGGAGACUUACUGUUUGGACUAUCUGCUUAUUUUUCAUGCAGUAUUGCAUUUAAGAUAAGCUUUAUCAAUGCUAAUACUCUACUCUCAGUAAGAAUACACUUAAUAAAUGCAGAAGGUUUCAAGUGAGACAUACUUGGAGUACAAUUAAUCCCUGCUUGCUUCCUUCUUCAUUUUUCUUCUAUCCAUGACAUAUUGGAUGGAAUUAUCUUUAUUAAAAUCCAGUGUUGGCCUGAUCUUGGCAGGCUGGACCUGCAUGAUUUGGCCUGGACGUUUAAUGCAAUUAUAAUGUAUGUCUAGUAUUUGGAUUUUUAAUUCUGUAAGAAGGAUGGGAUUUAAAGAGUAUGUUGAUGAAAGAAGAAGUGAUAAGCAGAAGUUUAUUCCAAAGGGAAUAACUUUAAUUUGAUGCAAACAACUUGGAAAGGAACAUUUUCAAAGUAUCUUCAUUUCAGUUGUAUCUCUGGCGCUGCUUUGUGCUAGAACAACUUUUCAGUUAGCAUUGCUGCUAGUGGGCUUGAGGAUUGUGAGUAUGUAAUGAUGCUAUGAAGAUGGGUUAAAAGUUAUGCACAUGACAGAAAAUGUUAGUCGCCUACAGAACAGCCUGUAGGCUUUCUGCUCUAGUUUCAUAGAGGGGCAUUUAAAGAGUUGAUAUUGCUCAAUUGGUCUUCAGCAAUAUUACUUGUAAAUUAAGCACAUGCUUCUAAAGUUGGAAGAGUUUGAAAAGAGAUACUAUUUUGAGGAUACUUGUAUAAUCCAUUAAUCACUUACCCAAUACUUCCCCCCCCUAUAGAAAGUAUAUCUACGUUAUUGCACAAACAUUCAACUGUUUUGCUUUCAAUAGCAUAUUGUAUGGUUUUAAUUUAAAGCAUGACCGCAGUUACAAUUAGAUUUAAGGUCACAGCUGCAUGUUUCUACUUUCUUGCUCUCGGUGUGGGCAGGAGGCAAUGUUUCUUCUCAUUGAAUCACUACUGCUAAUUCUUGCAGCCAGGGCAGCCUUUUGCAUCAGUUAAAUUGACUGUCCGUGUAGCCUUGCCAAGUAGUGAAUGAGCCUGAGGACUGUCUCUAAACAUUGCGCUUAGACAAUAGCAUCUAGCGACUUGUACUCUGAAAACAUCUCAAUCAUUCAGUUUUCCAUUUCAUCAAAUUGAACUUCUCGGUAUGUGAAUUUUCUUUUUGGCUCUUCUUUUUCCUCUUCUUUGGAAAUGUACAGUGAAUAGGAUGUUGCACUGGUGGCAAUUCAUCAUGAAGCAUAAUAAAAUUAAUUUGUCUCAGUUUAA